AACAAGACACAACACUAAAACAACCCUAUAAACAAAUUUCUCCCUUUUAUCAAAAAUGCUCUUAAGAGUCCCAAGAAGAGACCUUAGGAGAAAGCUGGGGUAGCAGAGGAGAGGCACACGCCAGCUCCCCUUUACUCCAACUCAGCUCUAUAACUUCUCAUCUCCCUAUGAAGUUGAGGGCUCCUAGUCUCUUACUUGGACUUUGAAUUGCUCCUCCAAAUGCACCCCGCAGCCAAGAUUGUCAUUCCCAUUCUCCUUCCACUGGCUAGUAUAUUUAAUAGAAUUCCUUUCUACCCCUGAAAUGUUUUUGCUUUUUAAUCAGUCGAAAGACACAUCGUAUUCUGUCUGAGCUCCCACUCAGAGGGAGCGGGGAAAAUAGGAUUGGGUGCUUUAGGUGAUUCCUGUCACCUACCAGGGACUCUUCCUUGAAUUGGGCAGAGACAAUUUUAGGGAAAGAAGUGCGACCAUACAAAUAAUACAAUCAGAUAAAAAUGCAUUGAUUUCUUCAGGCCAGUUUCUGGGCAAAUCUAAUCUGGGUUAACACUGGAUGUGGGAUUUUCCUGAGGGGGCUUUCUCCUUCUCUAGCUGGCUCAAGGGCCUACCUUGCCCCUCCUCCCUCUUCCUCUGUUCCCCAAAGCUGGUUUCCUAUACCAAUAUAUAUUAUAUAUGAAUAUCAUAUAUAUUAAGAGAAAUCCAAGUCUUACUUUGAAUGCACACACUUAGUCUCAACUAGGGAAUCAACAGAAGCAGGAGCGAUUUUUUUCCCCCUUCUUGACAUCUAGCUUCCGAUUGGCUCCGAGGGGGUCAGCUGACUUUGUCAUUUUGUCUGUCCUGGAUUGGAGCCGUCCCUAUAACCAUCUAGUUCCGAGUACAAACUGGAGACAGAAAUAAAUAUUAAAGAAAUCAUAGCCCGACCAGGUAAAGGCGAAGGGAUGAAUUCCUAUUUCACUAACCCGUCCUUAUCGUGCCAUCUCGCCGGGGGUCAGGACGUUCUCCCCAACGUCGCCCUCAAUUCCACCGCCUAUGAUCCAGUGAGACAUUUCUCGACCUAUGGAGCGGCGGUGGCACAGAACCGGAUCUACUCGUCUCCCUUUUAUUCGCCACAAGAGAAUGUCGUGUUCAGUUCGAGCCGGGGGCCGUAUGACUAUGGAUCUAAUUCCUUUUACCAGGAAAAAGACAUGCUCUCAAAUUGCAGGCAGAACACCUUAGCACACAACACACAGACCUCAAUGGCCCAGGACUUUAGCUCUGAGCAAAGCAGGACUGCUCCCCAAGACCAGAAAACCAGUAUCCAGAUCUACCCCUGGAUGCAGCGAAUGAAUUCGCACAGUGGGGUCGGCUAUGGGGCGGACAGGAGACGCGGCCGGCAGAUCUACUCUCGAUACCAGACCUUGGAGCUGGAAAAAGAAUUUCACUUCAACCGUUACCUAACCCGGCGCCGGCGGAUCGAGAUCGCCAAUGCGCUCUGCCUGACCGAGAGACAGAUCAAAAUUUGGUUCCAGAACCGCCGGAUGAAAUGGAAAAAAGAAUCUAAUCUCACUUCCACGCUGUCUGGGGGCGGCGGAGGGGCCGCGGCCGACAGCCUAGGCGGCAAGGAGGAGAAGCGGGAAGAGACAGAAGAAGAAAAACAGAAAGAGUGAAAACUGUCUCGCUUCCCCCCACUUCCCUCUAUUACCCAGUUCACUCCUCUCCUCUUCCUCCCCAGACCUUCUGCUCCCCUCCUUUCUCACAUACCCUAUAUUUAUCACUGGCACAAUUUAUAUUUUGACUCCCUCUGGAAGAAUAGGGAGUCAAAUGUGGACCUUCAAGUCAGAUCUCGUCCUUGUUCCCUCUCCCCAAACACCCUCUCCUUAUUCCCUUUCUUUCUUCGGCCUCCUCUCCCUUUACUUCCCUGAUCCCGCCGGCCUUGGGGGCCUAGGUCUCUGAACCUCGAUUCGGAUACCAUUGGGCUCACUUUGAAUGAGGACUGGAUCUUCCUCCCUCCUCCACCCCAAUCCCCACUCUAGGGCCCAGCAGCAAAGAGCCGACCCACAAGGCGCCAAUUUCCCAUUCAGCCUCCCCAGAGGCGAGAGGGGUUCUAAAGCCGAGUGAGUCAGCGAGGCCCUGCGUAGAGACACUGCUGAAUCUAAAACAACCCAUGGGGCUGUUGGAGUGGGCAGGAAGCUUCCCCCCCUUUCAACCCUUGCUGGUCCAAGUUCCAGUCCCAGUACCCCAGCUCAGUUCCCCCGAAGCUCCGACAUAUUUUCCAGCUUAGCCCAAUCGUAUUUAAAGAAUCCUCGGGGGUCAUUAUGGCAUAUAACAAACUGUGACAGUUUCUGUGUGAAUAUUUUUAGCUGUAUUUGUGGUCUCUGUAUUUAUAUUUAUGUUUAGCGCCGUCAAUGUUCCAAUCCCAAAUUUUAAAAGGGGGGAGGGGGAAACUGAAAGGAGAAAAAAAAAUAUGAAUGAAGUUUGUUUAGCCAGUAGGAAAAAAAAAAAGAGAGAGAGAGAAAAAUACAAAAAAAGAAAAAUGCCCCUCGUGUUACCCUCCUGUAUAAAUCCGUCUCCCAGACCGGUCCUCGAGUAUUUAAUAAAACUGAUAUUAUUUUUAAAAGUUUA